AUGGUUGAGAUUCGAUCUGGUAGUGGUAGUGGUAGUGGUAGUGGUAGUGGUAGUGAUAGUGGUAGUGAUAGUGGUGGUUGUAGUGAUGGUGAUAGUGGGGGUGGUAGUGGUAGUAGUAGUAAUAGUACGAGUAGUGAUAGUAGUAAUAGUAGUGGUAGUGGUAGUGGUAGUAGUGGUAGUGAUAGUAAUGGUAGUGAUAGUAGUAGUAGUAAUAAUAGUAGUAGUGGUAGUGGUAGUCAUAGUGAUAGUGGUAGUGAUAGUGGUAGUGGUGGUAGUGGUAGUAUUGGUCAUGGUAGUGGUGGUAGUGAUGGUGUGGUAGCAGUAGUCAUAGCAGUAGUAGUCAUAGCAGCAGUAGUCGUAGCAGCAAUAGCAACAACAGUAGCAGCAGUAGCUGCAGCAGUAGCAGGAGUAGUAGCAGCAGUAGCAGUGGUAGUAGGAGUGGUAGUAGGGGUGGUAGUCAUAGUAGCAGCAACGGCAGCAGCGACGGCACCAUCAGCGGCAGCGGUGGUAGCCGCAGCAGUAGCAGCCGUAGUAGCGGUGGUGGCGGUAGUGGCGGUGGCGGUGGCAGCAGCAUCAGCAGCCGUAGUGGCGGUGGUGGCGGCGGUGGUAGUGGCAGCGGCUGCGGCGGAUGCAGCGGCGGUGGCAGUGGCGGUGGUGUCAUAUUCAUGGGGUGGUAGUAGUAGUGGUAGCAGUAGUCGUAGCAGUAGUAGUCAUAGCAGCAGUAGUCGUAGAAGCAAUAGCAGCAGCAGUAGCAGCAGCAGUAGCAGGAGUGGUAGCAGGAGUGGCAGCAGUAGCAGUGGUAGUAGGAGUGGUAGUAGGGGUGGUAGUCAUAGUAGCAGCAGCGGCAGCAGCGACGGCACCAGCAGCGGCGGCGGUGGCAGCCGCAGCAGCAGCAGUAGCAGCCGUAGUGGCGGUGGUGGCGGUAGUGGCGGUGGCGGUGGCAGCAGCAGUAGCAGCCGUAGUGGCGGUGGUGGCGGCGGUGGUGGUGGCGGUGGAAGAGGUGGCGGUGGCAGCGGCGGCGGCGGAUGCAACGGCGAUGGCAGUAGCGGUGGUGGUGGUGGUGGUGGUGAUGAGUCUCAUGUGAUUUCCCUUGAUUUGGUUGAGGAGAGCCCAAAUUUGAUCUAUGAGAAGGAGCCUGUGGCAAUUUUGGACAGGCACGUCAAGAAGUUGAGGACUAAGAAGAUAGCUUCGGUGUAUAGUUGUGGAGGAUUCUGGUUAGGAUUUCAGGAUUACCUGUGUUCUGCAUUGCUUUACUUAGGGUUUAAUUUCUAUUUUUUUGAGUACCAUGUUUUUGGUGCUCCCCCCCUGCUUCUACAUCUAGGAUCUAAGCCGGUACCUUCUACUCUUAGUACUUCUGUUGAUUGGGACUAUCUUUUGGAUGAGUUAGAGGUAGCAUCUUAUCUUCUUCGGUAG